CAUAAAAAUCGGUAAAAACACGCGUGGGAGUGUAUAUUUGGUGAAUUUUAGUGAAAUGUUAAAAAAUAUAGAGUGUAAUGUGGCACAUUAUGGUGAGGUUCCCGAGGGCAUUUUGAAUGUAAAUAAUGAAAAAAUUAUUAUUUCCCGAAUAAUUUAAAGUUAUAAAGAGUGUUCCUUAACACCUCACUAACAUCUCCACCAAGUUUCAUUACAAAAAACAUUAUAGUUUGCCAGAAAUUCCAAAAUAUACAUUGUUCUAAAUUCCAGCCGGUCAAACUACAGCUAAAGCGCACGCAACAACAACAACCGUCUGGUAACCUGGCACAAAGGAUACGCAAUGGACAAAGCUCCAGACUUGUAAAAAUAUUGCAAUCAGGACAGCUACAAGAUGUCCCCCCUGCAACACCUACACAUUGAGGCUUCCAUGCUUCUAGUUAACAAGUCAUCUAUGGUUAACAAAAUGCUCAUACCAUUGUAAUCAGCAUAAAAAGUUCUAAUGAACUACAUUUUUAAAUUGUGCGUAUUCCUUACUUGAUCCAUUUAUUCUAAAACUAUAGCACUUUUACUUUAUUAUUGAAUAAUGGCACAAAAUAAUCGAUGCAUAUUUUCAUUGUUUUAUUUUGACACAUCACUAUGGCGAAUUGUUUAUUCAUAUUUUUGAAUGAAGUGCAAUUUCGAGUGUUUAUCAUUCAUAGUUGCUUUAAAUAGCAACACGUUAAAUCUACACAGGAAUAUUCUUACAGAGUAGUUAAUUAGUUAAUGAUACACAAUGGAGACUGCCUGCGCAGUUGUUAGCAUAACGGAGCAAUCUUGUCGCAGUUGUUUACAAAAUUGUGAAGACACAAACUCUCUCGACGAUGAAGUAGAAUACGGAGACGAAACAUUUGUUUUACGAAAUUUGUAUAUUCAAAUCUUGCGUGUUACUGAUAUUCAAAUACCAACUCCAAAUCAAUGCCCAGUGCAAUUGUCUCCCACCCGCAUAUGUGGAGAUUGUACUCAUAAACUUUUGAGUGCUUAUGAUUUUAUUUGCAAUGCAGAACGUUCUGAAGCGGUGCUAAGGCAAUAUCAGCAAUCAAAUGCAUCUAAAUUGGGCACAACUCUAGAGACACUUUUAAUAGCUGAGGUGAAGAGAGAAACCACAAAUGAUGAGGUAGAGGAUGGCAAUUGUCAAAAUAUCGAUUCAUUUGACACUGAGUACCUUCUGGAUGAGUUUGAUGACGACAAGGAAUUGGUUGAGGCAGCCGAAGACGCAGUAGAUGAUGAGUUUGUGGCGGGAGAUGAAGAUGCAAGUUGUACGGAAAAUAUGAAUGUAUUUGAUAAUUUUGUGACUGAAAAUGUGCGAGAAGCUGAAAAAGAAAUAGAACAAUUAGAUGAAAAAAGCUCUGAUAAAACUCCUGUAUACAUUGAUAUGAUCGAAAAGAAACAGCCUCGAUACGCAAUCGGUUCACGCCUGGGCACUUUUGUAACAACUAACUGGCGCAAAUGUUCACAUUGUCAACGUGUAUUUGCCAGAAAUGCAACAUUGGAAAAACAUAUAAAAACUGCACAUACAAAUGUGCCACCCGAACAUAUUGCUGCUAUCGCGCCAAAGCCAACUGAGGAAAAACCAAUAUUAUGUGAUCACUGUCCACGCACAUUCGCACGUCAUUUUGCCCUAGAACGUCACGUUCGGGCUAUGCAUCCGGAUGUUGUAAUUGGAGAUGGUGAACCUGAAUGCGAUCCAAAGUUACAGUUAGAAACUACAAAGAACAAAAAACCCUAUAAACGCGGAAUUUGUCCACACUGCGGCCGCAGUUUUGCUCAAGCCAGCCUAGUAAUACAUAUACGUCGCCACACAGGGGAAAAGCCGUAUCAAUGUGACGAAUGUCACAAGGGAUUUCCGCGGCGCCAAGACUUAGUUGUACAUAAGAGACAGCAUACAGGCGAGAGGCCGCAUGUUUGUACUAUUUGUGGAAAAUCAUUUAUACGCCCAAAUAAAUUGUCGCGCCAUAUGCGCAUACACACGGGACUUCGACCUUACAAAUGUUCUGAGUGCCAUAAAUCGUUCACACAAUCGAACGACUUGCGUAUCCAUAUGCGUCGACAUACUGGUGAAAAGCCUUACAAGUGUAACAUCUGUAGUGAGGGCUUUAUAAGCGGUACAGCGCUUAAAGCGCAUCGAAUGGCGAGCAAUCACGCUCCACCAGCCGAUUUUGAAGAGGAUCCGUACGCAAAGUGCCGGUUAAAUAAGGCAAUUAAACUUGAUACCUAAGAGUGAGCAAAGUACAGCAACGCUACGAGUAUAAGAUAAUUUUUGAAAAUUGAAGCAAUUUUUUGGCCUGCGGCGGUAAAAUGUAAAAAUUGCAAGAUUCGAAAGUAUGAAGGAUACAUCUGUGAUUUUUACAAACCCCUAUUGAUCGAUGUCGUUAAUGCAAUGUCUAUAUCAGAAAUGAACUGCCGCUCAAAUUAACAGCUUUGAAUUAUUUUAAUAUUUAGGUGGUUUUGUUUUAGCCUUUACAGUUACCCUUUUAACAAGGUUCAGCCAUAUAAGGUAGAAGUGGGCAAUCGCCAGUAAUCGAACACUUUCUACUUUUACCGUUCGAAAUAAGCAAAAUGUCGAUUUAUUACACGGCGCGUCGCUUCCGCAGAAAAACUAAAAUUUGGAAACCCCUUGAUAUUAGGGUGCAGGCCAAAACUAAAUAUUGUUGGAUUAUAUUCUGUCAGUACUUCUUUUUUUUUGGGGCUCCCUUUACCAAUUCCCAAUUACUUUUCGGCAAUGUCAAUAUCGUAUCCUUGUACUAAAUUUGUAUAUUCAGACACGAAUGGUUCGGUAUGGGAAGUGCCACGUCCUCUUAUUUUAAAGCAAUUUUACUAUGCCUAUAUGUCUCCGGCAAUUGCAAGCAAUAAGUUUCAUUGCAAUCCGAUAAUUGAUGUGGCAGCUUCUAAUAUACGUACAAACAAAUACUAUUUUUUAUUAAAAAACAUUUAACAAAAAAAGAGAUUCAGAACACUGUUAUUAUGUAAGAAAAUGAUAAAAGGACGUAAUUACAGUACGAAAUCGGUUGAAAAUAUGUAGUAUUUCCGUAAAUGAACCUGUCCGCUUACUAUAAUGGCAAUAAGAGUAGAUUCAAUAUCUGGACACUUUAUCCCGAUACUGAAAAAGUGAACAAUUUCAUGACUUUAGUGUUGCUUUAGCAUUCUAUUUAACAAUAGUAUGUUUAGAUUUAAAACAAUUUGAUGAGGAUGUGUGGCAAAAGUGGAGGAGACAGGUAAACUACGUUGACUUUCCCCGGUCCAAGAAUGAGGAGAGCGUUGAGUAUUUGUAGCUUACGAACGGUUAUCAAUUCACGGUUAUGUUAGCCGCUUCAUGUUGCUGAUAAAGUGAGAACCAAGAUGCUUAAAUCUUGUUCCCGCGAGAGCGGGGCAACUAAGGAGCAGGUGCUGAGAUUGACAGGGUUCCUUAACUGGCCAGCUCGUCCGCUUCGCAGCUUCCCGCAAUGUCACUAUGACCAGGUACCCAGAUUUAUCCUUCUGCCAAAGAAUUCGGAUGCAAUCAAAAGUGAAACCAGGCAUUCCCUGACCAGUUUCGAAUGCACCAUAAUUGAGCCCAGGACCCUAGCCCAUAAAUAAGUACUAAAUUACCUUCGCUGAGUCCAUCGGAGUUUACAGCACGGUCAAACCGAUCCUACAUCUGGUUACUCUUUAGCUGGGUAUGUUGUUUUAUAUAAUGGUGUACAUUCUGUUAAAAAAGUACCGGCAAUUGCUCCAUUCGAAGCAAUACACAUAUGCCAACGAUUAGUCCAGUCAUCUUCUUCACCUCCUUCAGCGAACUCUCCUUAAUGGCCUCUAUAUCGACUCAAAGCAGCGUCCGCGGAGUGCCAAUUUAAGUUUUGGGAAAAGGAAAGUCACAGGGGGCUAAAUCUGGUGAAUACGGUGGUUGUUCGAUGAUAUUUGUCGAGUUUUUGAUCAAAAAACUGUUCACAAUAUGAGCCUUCUGAGACGGUGUGGUAUCAUGGUGUAAGAUCCAUGAGUUUUCUUUCCACAAAUUCCUUUUCCUACGCAUAUUUUCUCUCAAACGUCGCAUAACUUACAAAUAAUAUUCUUCAUAUACCAUAGAACCAUUUGGAAUGAAUUUCGAGUGCACAACAUCAUGAUAAUCAAAGAAAACGGCUAGCAUGACUUUCACGUUUGACCGACUUUGACGUGAUUUUUUGGGUUUCGGCUAAUGUGGAUAGGGCCAUUCAACCGCCUGUUGACUGGUUUGCAUAUCAAACUCCCAUGUCUCAUAACCUGUUACGAUGCGCUGGAAAACGUUGGGUCCGAAUUCACUUGCUCAAGCUUGUUUUCAGCCACCUCCCCAUGAAUUUAUUUGGAACGAGUCGAGCAGCCACGCGUCUCAUGCCCAAUUGAAGGUGUAAAAUGUUGCGAAUUGAUUCGUAAGAUACGCUAAGGUCACGAACUACCUAUCUCAAACUGAAAUGAUAGUUUUCCAGCACCAUUUCCUUGACUUUGUCGACGUUUUCAUCCGUUGAAGACGUCGAUGGGUGACCAGAUCGAGGCAAAUCUUCCCCGACUUCUCGGCCCACUGCAAAAGCCUUAUACCUCUCGUAUACCAGUGUUUUUGAUAAAGCACACUCGUCAUAGGCUUUCUGCAACAUUUUCAACGAUUCGGCACACGAAAUCUCGUUCAAACACACAAAAUUUAAGACAAAUUCUUUGUUCGAUAUUUUAAUCCCUAGUGGAAAUCGCAGAGCACACCUGCGGUUGACUGAUAUAAUUAAAUGCCCAAAACAAGCUAAUUGACAGAUCACGCUCAAACUCUGCGACCAAGGCGUAUCUCAGUAGCCCGUGAGUGUUUUGAAAUUAGUGAACUACGUAUUAAUGUUUACUUUUGUCAAUCAUGAGUCCUGCGUUUAUUUUUCCCUUUUAUUAACGUAUUUUUAAUAAAAAUAUAAAUCACGUUAUGAAACCUAAGCUUUUAUUGUGGAUAAAAAAGGUAUUCAGUAACUAAAGCAAAAACCUGGCUUGUGUUGCAAUUAUAAUUAUUGUAAGCAAUUUUAGAGUUUAUUGGUUGAAUAUAUUAGAUCUAGAAUUUGUUAAUACUCACGUAUUUUAGAGCAAUUCAAUAUCGCUAAUAGACUGUAACUUUAGUCAGGUUCAAGGUGAGAAAUAAGUUGAGUCUGGUUCCUAGUACAUCCACCCUAGGUUACUGUAUUAUAAAAUCCCUUUGUGUUUUAUAAACUAAAAUUUGUUACAUGGUUUAUUUUUAUAUCAUUCUAAGGAGAAAUGUAAUACGUGAAUAAAUAAAAAUUUGAUGCUUACUCCUCAAAUAAAUUAAAAAAAUAACUA